UUGCUAGACAAGGAUAGAAUAAAGAUUAUGUUGACAUUCAACGAUAUUUUUGUGAUUCAUAUUCACAAGAUUUCAUUCAGCAUCAGCAGAUAUUUUGUUUGAUAGUUUACGGAAACUAGAAAGUGUUUCUAAAUACAUUGUUAUUUCUAAAACAAAAUGGAUUUAGCUCGACUACCUAACGACAAGAAACUGCAACUGUGCCGAUGGUAUUUCAAAGUGGGCUGCUUACUGCUGCCAUUUGUGUGGGCAGUCAACGCCAUCUGGUUCUUCAAGGAGGCAUUCAUGAAACCGCCGUAUGAUGAACAGAAGCAAAUUAAAAAAUAUGUCCUAAUGAGUGCAGUGGGAGCCAUAGCCUGGAUAGCAGUGUUCGCGAUCUGGAUCACAGUGUUCCAGUUACAGAGGGUAUCGUGGGGCGCUACGGGAGAUGCGCUCUCGUUCAUAGUGCCGCUCGGACGUGCCUAGCGUGUGUUGAAGCUACAGUGAAGUGCAGUUAUAGUGUAAAAUGACAUUAUGUGGAGUUGUCAUGGAAUGGACUAAUCGAUUAUAAUAGUAUGUACAGUGUAACCAUUUGACCUUUGACCACCAUAUCGAUAAGUAUACAGAGGCCUUAUUACGAGUUUGUUUUACGUUUUAAAUAAUCGUAACGAGUAUGCUUUCGGCGCUCUGAGGGCCAAGCACGAAUAACUAU